CUAUGCACUCUUCCUUGUAUAAAGCUUCUCUGUACCUCCAAUGGAAUCCGGAGAGGUCAAACAAGAAGUUGGAAGUAAACGAAAGCUGCAAUGAAACGAAAUAUAUCCAUGUUUCUUCAGCUUCUGCUCAUAAUUCUGAUGAUGAUCAGCUUCUUAUUUACUUCUCUUCUUGUACCUUCCGUCUCUGCAACAAAUCUCAAUACCAUUUCCACCUGUUUAAUCAAUUACAACGUCAGUAACUUCUCUGUUUACCCAACAAAGAAUCAUGCUGGUAAUAGUUACUAUAACUUGCUUGAUUUCUCCAUUCAGAAUCUCCGAUUCGCAGCGUCCUCUAAACCAAAACCAACGGUCAUUAUCGUACCAGCGAGCAAGGAGCAGCUGGUGAGCAGCGUUCUUUGUUGCAGACAAGGUUCUUAUGAAAUCAGAGUAAGGUGCGGAGGACACAGUUAUGAAGGAACUUCUUACGUUUCCUUUGAUGGUUCCCCAUUUGUUGUAAUUGAUUUGAUGAAAUUAGAUGACGUUUCAGUAGAUUUGGAUUCCGAAACCGCGUGGGUACAAGGUGGCGCUACACUUGGCCAGACUUAUUAUGCCAUUUCCCGGGCCAGUGACGUUCAUGGAUUUUCAGCUGGUUCUUGCCCAACAGUUGGAGUUGGGGGCCACAUUUCCGGGGGUGGCUUUGGAUUUUUAUCAAGAAAAUAUGGACUUGCUGCUGAUAACGUGGUGGAUGCUCUUCUUGUUGAUGCGGAAGGACGGCUAUUAGAUCGCAAAGCCAUGGGAGAAGAAGUGUUUUGGGCCAUCAGAGGUGGUGGUGGAGGAAUUUGGGGAAUCAUUUACGCCUGGAAAAUCCGAUUGCUCAAAGUGCCCAAGACCGUGACUAGUUUCGUAGUCCCUAGGCCUGGCUCCAAACGAUAUGUGUCCCAACUAGUUCACAAAUGGCAACUUGUUGCACCAAAGUUAGACGAUGACUUUUACCUAUCGAUUUCCAUGAGCUCUGCUAGUAAAGGAAACAUUCCUAAUGAAAUAAAUGCCCAAUUCAGCGGAUAUUACCUUGGUACGAAAACCGAAGCCAUUUCCAUCUUGAAUGAGGCCUUUCCGGAGUUGGGAGUUCUUGAAGAUGACUGCAAAGAAAUGAGUUGGAUUGAAUCAACACUUUUCUUCUCCGAAUUAGAUGACGUUACGAACACCUCCGAUGUCUCUCGUUUGAAAGAGCGUUACUUUGAAAACAAAUCAUACUUCAAAGCCAAAUCAGACUAUGUGAAGACCCCAAUUUCAGUGGGAGGGAUUAUGACAGCUCUUGAUGUUCUUGAGAAAGAACCCAAUGGACAUGUCAUCUUUGACCCUUAUGGUGCAGCCAUGCAGAGAAUUAGCGAGGAAGCUAUUGCUUUCCCUCAUAGAAAGGGUAACCUUUUCGGAAUUCAAUAUCUAGUAGUGUGGAAAGAAAAGGAAAAUACUAUUGUCAAGGGCAAUGGGUACAUAGAGUGGAUAAGAGAGUUUUACAAUACAAUGGCACCCCAUGUUUCAACUUCACCUAGGGCAGCUUAUGUCAACUAUAUGGAUCUUGAUCUUGGAGUGAUGGACGACUACUUAUUGCUAAAUACUAGUAUUACUGCCUCUGCUGAUCAUGCCGUGGAGAGAGCAAGGGUCUGGGGUGAAAAGUAUUUCUUGAAUAACUAUGAUAGAUUGGUCAAAGCUAAGACAAAUAUUGACCCACUAAACGUUUUUCGACAUCAACAGGGCAUCCCUCCUAUGUUCGCCUCAAUGCAAGAGCAUACCUAUAGUAGUAAAUGAGAUAUAU